UCCGCACGCGAGUGCUGCAGCUCUGUCUCGACUCCAACAACACAUAACCGCCGACAACAUGGCUCCUCCUGUCGGCCGGAUGCACAUAUCGCAGCCAUCGAAUCCCUUCGUCAACCUCAACCAGCAGCAUCAACACUAUCAAUCGCAGUCGCAGUCGGCACAUAUCCCCAAUUACCAGUCCUUCGGCAACAGCGCACUGAACGGCGGCAUCUCGCCCUUUAAUCCCAGCUCACCAUAUGGCACGCUCGGCGCAUCAGCAUUCAGUGCUUCGGCUGGGACAGCGACUUUCAAUGGCGGCAUUCUGGGUGGGCCAGGGCAAGGCCUAGGAUCAGCUGCUGCACAAGCAGGCUUCGCUCGAGGCGCUGCCAUGCAAGAAGGGAAUCAGGUGGAAGGAAUGGGGCUACCAAAAACCGGUCAGGCGGCGCGAAUCCGCGAGGUCUGGAGACACAACCUGGACACGGAGAUGCACAUGCUUCGACAGCUGAUCCAGAGGUACCCGUACGUCGCUAUGGACGCCGAAUUUCCAGGUAUCGUAGCGAGGCCGAUAGGGAACUUUGCAGGUAGCAAGGCCGAAUAUCAUUACCAGACGCUCAGGUGUAACGUGGACAUCCUGAAGCCUAUACAGAUUGGCAUCACGCUAUAUACCGAAGAUGGGCAAUUACCGCCCCAACAGGACUCGAGCUUGUCCCAGCAGACGGGCAAGUUUCAAGGCUACAAUCACCCGCUCGCGAACCAGAACAUCCCUUGCACAUGGGUCUUCAACUUCGCUUUCAACCUGGAGGAAGACAUGUACGCUGAAUCAUCCAUCUCGCUGUUACAGCAAGCAGGUGUCAACUUCGCACUACAUGCCUCGCAAGGAAUCAACCACGAAGCUUUUGGUGCACUCUUGACAACCUCUGGUUUAUGCUUCAACGAAGAUGUUCACUGGCUCAGUUUUCACUCCGGAUACGACUUUGGCUAUCUCAUCAAGCUACUGUCAAACGACGCUCUUCCUGUCGACCAGACCGAAUUCUUCGAUCUCGUGAAGACCUUCUUUCCAAAACUUUGGGACAUCAAGUUCCUAUUGCGACAUGCGCAAAGGAAGCGCGCCAGUGGGCUGCUGUCGGAGUCAGGGCAACAGAUCGUUGACCGUUUGGGUAGCAAGUCUGGGCUCAACGAUCUCGCCGAUGAGCUCGCAUGCCAAAGAGUCGGCGUUGCUCAUACUGCAGGAAGCGACGCCUGGCUGACUGGAUCAGUCUUCUGGGCUUUACGCUCCAAAGUCUUUGGCGGCGAGUUGGAAGACGAUUUGUCGGAUCAGAUCUAUGGUUUGCACGGCGUCCCUGCCCCUGCAUCACAACAAAUCCGCGAAGAUUUUCUUGCCGCGCACAACACGCCUGGGCAGACGAAUGGUACAGGAGGUGGCCUCUCUGGUCUUGGCGGCAACGCGCCCAACUUCACACCUUCCGGCAAUCCAAGCACGCCGACCACAGGACACGCGGCAAUUAAUGCACAGACUCCCGGCCAGCAGCCGAACCCAUAUGCAUACCAGGGUUACAAUCAGCGCUAGUACAUGAUUAAUGAGACACCUGGUGUGAUUUCGCCUCUCUUGUACCGUUCCCACAGGCUCUCUGAGGAGGAACAGAACCUGGUGAUGAGACGUAGAAAUCGGGCAGGUACACGCUCGGACGACGUGCCGCGCAACUGGCCGAUGCGAGGAUGAUGAUCAUGGGUUUGAUUCAUAAGCGUGGCGUUGGAGGUGUACUUCUGGUUGAUUGGUUUUAUUUCUGUAGCAUUGGCUAUAGGGCCGGAAAACAAAACUCGAACUGAUGAUAAAAUUACUUGACAAGCCGAAGGCAAUUGU